GUUCCAUUUUAUCUUGGAGAAUUGACAGAAAAAGUUGCACAAGAUGACAGGAUACAGGUUCUCAAGAUAUCCCAAGACCAGUUGAAGGAGUACAUUUCGAUUUGUGAGGCAUUGGAGCUUGUACCUGAAGAUGAGUUAGAGACAUUUGGGCAAGAAGGUGGUGAUUCUUUUGCAGCUCGCCGGGCAAAAAAGAUUGCUCGGUUUAAACGCCAGAGAGCUGCUGAAGCAAAGCUGCAAGAAAUUAAAGAAAGAAAGGAGAGACGGGGGCGGUCAUUGAGAGCAGCAGCUCUGUCUGCGCCUGUUGAAGCUGGGGAGGAGGAUGCACAGGAUGACGAUGGAGAAGAAGAAAGAGAGGCUUGGCUAACAUCAAUCUCCUUAGCUCUUUGUAAGUCUUUUGAUCUCCUGGACAUGCUAAAGAAAGAAGAGGAGAUGCUUCUUGCUAUAAAAGAAAAACAAUCAAAGGAAGGGGAUGAAGAAUUUACUCGUGAGAUUCUUGAUGAGCGUACAAAAAGAGCUGAAACCUGGCAUCGCAAUGCUGCAAGUCAAGCACCAUUUCUAAAACCUGCGGACCCCAUCACAUGUGCAACUUUUGCUCAGGAUGUUAUCGAAGGGAGAGCAAAUGUUUCACAAGCACAUGAACACAAGCACCAGCCUCUGAUAUUUGGACCUGCAAGUCUUGUGGGUGGAAGAUUAACUAGUGAGAGGGAAAGAUUGGCAGCACAAGUCUUCCAACCUGGUUACAGGUUACCCACUAUGAGUAUAGAAGAAGCUGGGUUACGUGAAAUGGAGAUGAUGAAGAAAUGGCAAGAAAGGAAUGCCAAGCUCAUGGAGGAAGCAAACUCUUCGUGGCACAGGGAUGGUACCAGGCGAGCAACUGAGGAUGAGGAUGCUGAGGUUGAGAAAGCAAGAGCGUGGGAUGAUUGGAAAGAUGACCAUCCUCGUGGGGCAGGCAAUAAGAAACUCACCCCUUGUGGGUAAAUUUGGUAGCUACACAUCUUUGUAUUUUUUUUAAUAAAAAUUUUACCGUGAGCCCAUGGUUGUCUAGAAGAAUUAGAGCUAUGUAAUACUUUUUCCCCCGUUUGUGUUUUAUUGCAUGUCAAAUUUGUCAGCAGAGGACAUUCGUUGUGUAUUACUUGUAUUAUGCUCUCUCUAUCUCAGAUUCUAUCAGCCCAAAAUGUUACUGCUCAGAAGGUUUUAUCAUUAA